UGUAUCGGCAAUACAAUACUUGCAAUGUUUUGUAUAUUCAUAUUUAUUUUUUAUAAUGAAUAAAGGUUUUUUAAAUUAUAAGUAGUGAUUAGCGGAUUGUGUAUAGUGUUGUGAUAUUUGUAAUGGAUGCAGAGAGCGAGAACGAAAAGAAGAGAAUCCGUGAUGCAAUUCAGACUAUAGAGACACUGCAGUCAAUGAUAGACGUUUCGGCGAAAAGGCUCGAGGGUUUGAGGACAGUAUGCUCGACGAGCGCCGAACUGACGCAGCAGGAGAUCCGGACCCUGGAGAGCAAACUGGUAAAGCACUUCUCGCGGCAACUAGUCAUCAAGGCCCAAUUCAAAGAGGAUAUACAGCGCGAGCUCGGACACGUGCCCAGCUUGCGGCAAUGGCUGCUCGUAGUGGGGCUCAGUAUUGACGCUAUAGAGGUGGUACUCUCCCGAAUAUCAACACUGGAAGCUUUGCGUGAGCGCUCGGACUGCGAGAUGCGGGUCAUGCUGCGAGGGGCCCGGGACGAAGAGGUGCUGCGACUAAUCCGGGCGAUGCAGAGGCUAAAAUCCUAUACAGAUGCCUUAGCCCGCGGCGACGGCGCGGCGGAGUUGCCUCUGUACUGGGACUCGUGGGAGCGGCACGGCAGAGGCUCUCCGAGAGCGAGGGAGGACCGUAACUCUAAUCACAAGAAAGGUGGUAAGUCGCCUACAACGCCUAUAAACAAAAGGAAGCAGAAUGUCCACCUGCCAACACCCGCCGCCCUUACUAAGUCAAGGUCGCACGAGUCGCAACUCUCCAUCAAACCAGAUGCAUCCGAUCUGAGUGAUAAUAGUCAAUCAUCAGCGGUGGGGACGACUGAGGGCAGUCCGCCGUCGUCGCCGCGAGAACCCGACCCCGACCCACCGCCCGUCCGAUAUCACAACACUAUCGUUACCAGCGUCCCCGCCCCCCGGUCCCCGAGAACUCCCACAGUGAGCGGUUGUAUGGCGCACGACAUCGCGCAUCGCUUCACGAAGACAUUCAACAUGAUCGCGACGUGCGACUACUGCGAUAAGCAGAUGCUCUUCGGCUCCGGGCUCAAGUGCAAGGAGUGCAAGUUCAAAUGCCACAGGGAUUGCGAGAGUAAAGUCCCGCCGUCGUGUGGCCUACCGCCGGAAUUCGUGACUGCGUUCAAGGAGAAAUUUCAUAAAGAUGGCGGCCUGUACCUCACAUCGUCGGUCGGGAGGACGCUGAUGCAAUCCGUGACACCCCUGCGACGACGCCCCCCUCCCGCCCCCCACCAUCACACUGGUGGUCCGGAUUCGUCGUCGAACACAUCGUCGUGCAAUAGUUCCACACCAUCGUCGCCCGCACUGCCCGCGCCCGCAACACCGCAGUCGCACCACGCGCAUUUCCCGCACCACGCGCACCAGCCGCAGUACAACGUCAAACAGCAGUUCCACUUCCCAGAGGUAAAACCACCGGUGUCCAGUCCGAACCACACGUCAGCCGUGCAGUCGCCCGCGAGGUCGCUCAUCCACCAAGACACAAAAGAAGAUCUCACCGCCAGUAUUAAAAGUGAAGGGUCGGGUCGCGUGUCGCUCAGCGGAUCGGGUUCUACGGACGACUCGAGAUGGCCGCGACAAAAUAGCUUGUCAAUGAAAGAAUGGGACAUCCCGUAUGAUGAGCUGAAGCUGUUCGAAGUGAUCGGCACGGGCCGCUUCGGCACAGUAUACCGCGGCAGCUGGCACGGCGCCGUCGCCGUGAAACUGUUGCAUGUGAACGCGCUUAGCGAUCACUCCGUGCCGUUAGACACCUUUAAACACGAGGUUGCGACAUUCAGAAAGACGCGUCACGAGAACCUGGUACUGUUCAUGGGCGCGUGUAUGAAGCCGCCGCGACUGGCCAUCGUGACGUCACUGUGCAAAGGCAUGACGCUGUUCACGCACAUACACUUGCGCAAAGACAAGUUCACGAACAACAAAAGCGUUAUAGUCGCACAGCAGAUCUCACAGGGUAUGGGUUACCUGCACGCGCGGGGCAUUGUCCACAAAGAUCUGAAGACGAAGAACAUAUUCCUGGAGAACGGGAAGGUGGUGAUCACCGACUUCGGACUCUUUAGCGUCACCAAACUGUGCUUCGGUAACAACGCCCGGGGUGACAGUCUGGGCAUCCCGCCCGGCUGGCUGUGUUACUUGGCUCCAGAGGUCGUGCGGGCGUUGAGGCCGCACGCAUCGUUGCACCUACCUUUCUCCAAAGCCACAGAUGUAUAUGCGUUUGGGACGGUAUGGUACGAGCUGCUGUGCGGGGAGUACCCGUUCAAGGGCCAACCGCCGGAAGCCAUCAUUUGGCAAGUUGGCAAAGGAGUGAAACAGUCGCUUGCGAACAUGCAAGCAUCUAGAGAUAUUAAGGAUAUUCUAAUGCUAUGCUGGUCGUACAGAUCGAGCGAGCGGCCGGACUUCCCCCACCUACUGUCCACGCUAGAGAAGCUUCCCAGAAAGAGACUAGCGCGGUCUCCCUCGCACCCCGUACACCUGUCCCGCUCCGCCGACUCGGUGUUCUGAGGCUAGUGAGCGCUGUGUGUGGCCUUAACUUGUUACUGUGCUUCGAAACCAGUCCGAUGCAAACGUCGUUCAAACAAUGACUACGCGGGCGUUUAGUUUGACCCACCUUACAACAAGAGAAAGCGUUUUUUUUCUUCGGAUCGCGUACUAAUGUUGACCAAGUUUAUUGCUUUAUUUACCGGUGGUUGAACCCUACGGAUCCAAUCAAUUUGGGCAUGAUGUCAAACCAAAGGGGGCAAAGAAUUGGGGUGGUUGGACUAGAAGAUAGUCCUUAGGUUACUGAUACUAGUGUAGUGGUAAUUUUAUGGACGCACGUAAGGAAUCGGGGGCCUUGUCUUCGCUGGCGAAGACACAGCCGAGAUUGGCGUUUGGUGUACCCUUUCUAAAAGAUUACCACACUCGCCUUACCGCAAGUCGUUUUCGUGUAUCGAAGCACUUACACUUCAUACUAAAAUAGACCUUAUGCAACAUGUACUGUGGCUCAAAUUUCUACGCACUGUUACAGCGAGGUCUUGUUGUAAUGUUCGUAACAAUAAAAUCAAUAGUAAAUACAGGAUUUUUGAUCCUAAAACCAUACUACGAUGAUCUUAUUGUUAUCUCGAUACUUCAAAAACGGCUUCAGGAACAUUCACAUUUUAUACUACGGGUUUAUUGUAUGUCUGGGUUGUAAAAGAUUGGGACGUCUCACGAGUAUAAUUACAUUUUAUGGAGUUAACGCAAAUUUGUCCACACGACCUCUCUGGCGCAGCGUUGAGCGCUGUGGUUUUAAGUGGAAGGCCCCGCGUUCGAUCCCCGGCUGGGGCUAUUUGAGAUUUUUUCCGGCUACGGCCGUUGCUAGUUACCUCAACGACAUAACUACCGAGGCAGACGUGUCGUUAAGCGAUUUAGUCCUAGAUCCUAUAAAAAAUAUCGAAAAUACUACAAUAUAUAAUAAAUAUACUGGUACUGAACAUAAAGCUGUUCCUUUCGCACUUCUCUCUAAAGAAGAGGACGGCUUGGGAUUUUAUUUUAAUGUAGUUUGAAUUUGUGACUAUAUUAUAAGUAUAGUUUCGGAAUAUCAACAAAUUAAAUUGGAAAUAAAUACAAAUAAUAAAAACGUAAAUUCAGCCUUACGUUAUACCUGCGGUUUUUCGAAUAUCCCCAAUAUAAUCAUUCCACAUUUUUUGUGAAUUUUUUGAAUAUCACAUUACAGUCGAACCACACAUCGAAUUUUUUUUUUUGCCAUCUAGCCCCAAAGUAAGCCUAGCUUGUGUUAUGGGUAUAUUAACGGAUGUAUAAUUAUGAACAAUAUACUAAAUACUUAUAGUAUAUAGAUAAAC